CUGGGCUGGGCUGGGCAGGGCUGGGCUGGGCGGGUGUGCUGAGCUCAAGCUCGCCUGCAAGAGCAGCUCCAAAAGCCGCCGUCGUCCACCGAGCCCCGGCAGCCAAGCCAGAGCUGCCAGUGAAGCCUCAGGCUUUGGGACCUGAAGAGUGUGUCUGAGAAGCCCAUCCAGCACUCCGAUGGCCAGCAACAACACCGCCAGCAUAGCACAAGCCAGGAAGCUGGUAGAGCAGCUCAAGAUGGAAGCCAACAUCGACAGGAUAAAGGUCUCCAAGGCGGCAGCAGACUUGAUGGCCUACUGCGAAGCCCAUGCCAAGGAAGACCCCCUGCUGACCCCCGUGCCGGCAUCAGAAAACCCGUUUCGGGAGAAGAAGUUUUUCUGUGCCAUCCUUUAACUCUUCCCGAGGAGGCGGAAGAGCCUCGGGGCUCCUGGGACACUGAUAUUAGAAUUUGUAGCGCAAAGUGGGCGCCUUUCCCGUCCACGGCAUUUGACGGAGAGGGAGAAGCUUCCUGGCGAGUCCAGGCUGUGCAUGUGUAAAGAACCGGUCCCCUGUAGGAGAAUGAACGCCAACCCACACCCUGAGUUAAGAGACCCGAUUCCGCAGCUCUGCCUGGCGGAGGGGAACGUAGAAAAACACACUUGGUGUCACUUCUUUUCUGCUCUCCCCUCCCCAAACCUUUUGUUUCUGCUUCAUAUUUAAAAAUGAAAAUAAAAACCUGAAACAGACAGCUGUGCUGAGCGUCUCGGAGUGAGUUUCGUCUCUAGAAGCCGCUCUGCCAGUGGAGUAGCUGCAGACGGGUUGGUGGCACGUCUUUGUGCCUUUCUUUGCCUUCUUCCCUCCUCCCUGACCUCCCACUCCCCUCCCUGUUAGAGUAGUGUGGCGAAGGCUGGACUUGUUCGGAAGACCGAACUCCCAGGGUGAGUGCCCAGGAUGUUGAGGAAGUUCCCCCGUGGUGUUCCUCGUGGCCGUGGGAGCCACACAACAACAAAUGCCGGCUGUCUGUGUUCUCCUAUUCACUAUCCCUACGAUUUGUCCAUGAUAUCUUUGAUUCUGCAAGUAAAAGUAACUCAUGUGUUGUGACUGGUGCUUUCAUAUAUUUGUGACAAUUUUUUGAGUAAAUACUGCAUGAAAAUGUUCCCUAUGUUACAUCCAUUCAGAAGUUUGUUGUUUUGCUGUAAAGCUGGGAAAAGACAUAAGAGAGAAAAAGACACUGGGGAGGAAACCAACCUCACUCUUUGGAAAACGGAGAUGACUUCGGAGCCUCAGGCAAGCAUCAAAUACCUCCAUGUUAACACCAGGGUGGCCACCUCUUGAGUCUGUUUUCCACGAUCCAAAGCAUGUUGGCUUAUCCGAGAUCCCAGGGCAGCACAGGUACCCCACCCCCACCCCCGAGCAGGAGAGUCAAGGGUUCGCUGUGGGCUGGGAAGUGCUUCUGCCAUGGAGUAGAAGCAGCCUCUCGCACUGAAUCAUGGGCAUUCUAGAUGGAAAGAAUGUCUUCUGUGUGCUUGGUCGCAAAAACCCGUGGCCCACCUUUGUGCAAGCAGCAGAGCAAAGUAACCCUCAGCUCCAGAGCAGGCGUCCCGUGCUCAGAACCCAGCUGUUCGCACACCAGCGAGAAGGAUCCCAGAUGGCCCACCCCCGGGUGGCAGGUGCAGCCCUUGCCGCCAGCUACACCAGAAUGGGUUCCGCCUCUCUUUUUCCAUGGAGGUGAUUUUCAUUUCUCAUUCCUACCUAAUUUUUCUGAAGAAUCUCUUCUUUGUUUUUGUUUUUUGGCGUCGGCCUUGUUUGUUAGAAUCUCUCAGUCUUUCUUUUACAGCUCCCCUGUAGCUAGAGCUGUCGUCCCAAAACCCGGGCUUGGGACUUUUCACUAAGCCGUAACCUCCAUCAGGAAGAACCUUUAUCCCAUCUUUUUGGCCUCUGUUGCCUGUUGUGAGCUCCCAGUUUGCUUUAUCCUCUUCCUUUGCCAUUCUCUUCCUCCUAUUGUGUUGUUUUUUCAUUAUUCUUACGAAGACGGAGGACGAGGGAACAGCUUACUAUGCCAAGGGGGACGUGGUCAGUAUUUCCCUCCCGUGGCUCCUCUGCUGGUGAAGGAAUGCACCCAGGCCACGCUCAUGGCCGGGCUGCGGGAGGGGAGGACAUGGAAACAUCUGUGGGACAUACAGAUGCACUUCUGUCACCAAAUGUUCUCCUGAUCCAGUCCUGGGGCUCUGCUGCGGUCAGAGGGAUGCUGGUGCCGUAUUUAUGAAACCACAGUGUUGUACAGCGAGCAUAGUCUUGUUGUGGAAGCAGCACAAGCUGUGUUACAAAAUUUUUUAAAUGAAUUAAAACAUAAAUGAAUACAGGGUCCCACAAAAACAGCUAUGAAUAAAGCACUUUGGAAAGUGAUUAAGGACCAGCAGAGUUUCACGACCCACCUCUUUUUUUCCACAAGGACUAUUUAUCUUUCCAUGUAAAUUUAGGUCUUUGGAGCAAUUAAAAUGGAGUUCAAACGUUUAGGAAGAAUCAGACUAGGGGCCUGGUGACUAAAUGCUGAGCAAUUUCGUACUGUGUGUGUGUAGAAAAGGAGAGAGAAGACAGAAAACACUCAGCCCAUCUGAGAUUCAGUUUAAGGAAGAGAUUUUUGCCUUUUUCAUAAUUUCAUGUCUUACAGUAUAGGAAUAUAACCACAGAAUCUUUAUAUGAGUUUUGGCUUAAUAGUAUUUGUAUUUAUUAAGGGGAAAAAAAGUCUUGAUUACCGGUGCCUCUAAAAAACUUAAUUCCCUUAGAAACUCAACCGUCCUUUCACCAGCAUAAGUGUAUCUUAAGGGGUGACUAAUAGAAAACUUCAGCUCAAAUAUGUAAGGCUCUCAUUUCUAUUUAUAUAUUGGAUAAUAGUGAAAAUUUGCCAUGAAAUUAGUUAAUUAAUAAUAACAAUGAGCUUCAUAUUUAGAAGCAAACACUAUAAAGAAAAAAGUUGCAUCAUCCUCAAUAUUGAAAUUUGCUCUUUCUCGAUAAUAAAAAUUUGCUCGUCUUUUUUAAAAAUGUGAAACCAACUACUUGUUCACUUAAAUCAGAGGAUGCAAAUAAGCCUCUCAAUCUGAUUCUUACUAAUACUAUUUGAAAGAGAAUGUCUACCAAAGAAAAACUAAACAGUCAAAACCAUUUCUCCAUACACUCAUACCUAUAUAAGGAAUUUUGAGAAAACCAAGCAUGCCGUCUUAAGGGGUUUUUUUAUACUUUCUUUCUUAAUAUUUGCUUCUAGCUGCUCCUGGCAAUGAUGAAUUGUUAUAUUCGCAUUACUGUUUCCUAACCCAACAACUGUUCACCUUUUUCCUCUAUAAAACCUAUGGAGUGUGUCUUUCCAAGAGAGAAAUACAGAAAUGUUCAAGCAGGAAAACCUGAAUGUGAUGUGCACAUUUUCAUCCCAUAUGGACAAUGUAUUUGUUUUAAUAAAUGGAAUUUUCCGAUUCCUUUCA